UAUUAAGAGAAAAUGCACCAGUACCCUUAACUCAAACGCGAUGCACCGAACAAGGAAGUUCCUGACAGAAAUGAAAGGAAAGUUUCUGGUCACAAUGGUUUCCGUCGAGCUGCUCUCAGGACUUCUGCUAGAGGACUGCAGGUGUAAUUAACAUUAGUCCAUAGAAAAACUCAAAUUGGGAUUAAAGUGGGAAAUGCGCAGGCAUCUAACACACAAAUGGUCAAAUUGAAAGGAAAUGGAUUUUAUUUGACGCUUCUGUUGUGAUGUGAGUGACUUUUGAGACGUGUUGAGUUCACAAAUAAACCGAUCCGAUCAUGUCAUCCGCUUGUGUCAACACAAUGACAGCAAGUACAGCAAACCACCUUUGGUCGCUGGAUGAUGUUCUUGGUCAGGGAGCUACAGCAAGCGUCUACAAAGCACGAAACAAAAAAACAGGUGAGCUGGUUGCUGUGAAGGUCUUUAACUUGGUGAGCUACAACAGGCCAUAUGAAGUUCAGAUGAGGGAGUUUGAGGUGCUGCAGAGACUCAAUCACGUCAACAUAGUUAAACUCUUUGCUGUGGAGGAGAUGCAUAUGAACCCAAAGCAGAAGGUUCUGGUCAUGGAGUUCUGCUCAGGUGGCAGCCUGCUGAACCUGCUAGAGGAGCCAGAGCAUGCGUUUGGACUUCCUGAGUCUGAGUUCCUCAUUGUAUUACAGUGUGUGGUCCAAGGAAUGAACCACCUGCGGGAGAAUGCGGUGGUGCACAGGGACAUCAAACCUGGCAAUAUCAUGAGACAAGUGAGUGAGGAUGGGCGGUCGGUAUACAAGCUGACGGACUUUGGUGCUGCCCGUGAGUUGGAGGACGAUGAGAAGUUUGUGUCCAUAUAUGGCACAGAGGAAUAUCUGCAUCCGGACAUGUAUGAGCGUGCAGUGUUGAAGAAGCCCCAGCAGAAAGCUUAUGGUGUGUCUGUGGAUCUGUGGAGCAUUGGUGUCACCUUCUACCAUGCUGCCACUGGCAGUCUUCCCUUUAUACCAUAUGGAGGUCCACGCAGAAACAAGAAAAUCAUGUACAAGAUCACAACAGAGAAGCCAGAGGGAGCCAUAGCAGGUGUGCAGAAGGUGGAGGACGGACCCAUUGAAUGGAGCUACCGACUGCCACACUGCUGCCAACUCUCAGAGGGCUUGAAUUCCCAGCUGGUCCCAGUGUUGGCCAGCAUACUGGAGGCCAAUCAGGAGAAGUGUUGGGGCUUCGUCCAGUUCUUUGCUGCCACCACUGACAUCCUGCAUGGCAUCACGGUCCACAUCUUCUCUCUCCAGCAGGCCACAACACACAGCAUCUACAUCCACUUUCACAACACGCUCUCAAUCUUUUUUGAGGAUGUUCAGGCCCAAACUGGAAUUGAACCAGCAGCUCAACACUACCUGUUUCAGGGUCAUCCUCUCAUAUUGGAGCCAAGCAUGAAAGUAGUGAACCUUCCCCCCACCACUCCAGACCGCCCUAUCAUUCUCAUCAGCCGACGACCAGAGAAGCUAGUAGGCUAUUCAUACAGAGAACCUGAGGCCCCCGCGAUGCCCACAAAGUUUGACGUCAUGGCAGAUUACACUUUUUCCAAGACCAUUGUCGGCGUCAUCCAUCAGUACCUGCGGAUAGCCCGCUCACUCCAAAAGUACAGGGAACUGAUUCUGCAGGGGUUCUAUAGCUACAUUGAAAACACAGGUUUUGAAUGCAGUAAUGUGGCACACAGGAUUGCCAUGGUGAAUAUGAAGCUGCUUUCUUCUAUCAGCACAGAGGAGCAUCUCCAUCGAUUUGCUCAGAGGUUUGCACAUGAGAUUCCAGACUUUGUAGACAAUAAGAAGAAACUCCCACUGAUUGAAGAGGAUUUGCAGCGGAUGUAUGGCAGUGGAGUCAGAGAGUUCCAGAAUCAACUACAGCAUUUGCAUGUGAUGCUGUCUAAACACUCCGAGACACUGGCCCAGGAUAAGAGCAUCCAGAAGAUGGAGGUUUUGUUGGGGAAGAUUGUUGCAGUACAUCAGCAGUAUUGCAAAGACAGAAUGAUAGGAAAGCUCAGCUACAAUGACGAACAGAUUCACAAGUUUGAGAAGCUCAAUCUGUCCUCAUACAUAAAGAAGGUCAAGAGUUUAUUCAAGGAUGACUGUUUGCAGAAAUACCAGGAUGUUCUGAUGUCUGCUGGCAGCUGGAACAGGGUUCUUUAUGAGAUGCAGACAAGUCUAGAGCAUUUUGGAAUUGUCCUGCGGCAGAGGAUGGGGGAUCUGCAUGUAUGUGAGGCCCAGCAGAACAAGGUUCUGGACAGAGCUGUGCUCAGAGCUCUCCAACAGCCAGUAGAAGCUGAGGGGCUGGAUGGAAAGAUAAAGGAUGAGCACAUGAUUCUCAAAAUGAAUAGAUUAAAGGAUGAGAUGGAGGCUGUGGCACGGGAGCUACAGAAUAACAACAACAUGAUAGAAAGCCUUGCAGUAGUUACUGCUACACUGCCAGUGGAGAAAAAAGUACCUCAAGCCAACAGACCAUGAAGACCUCAAAGAAUACAGGAUGCACAACAAUAUUUAUAUUUACAGAGCCUGGAUCUCUGAGCUAAAGGGAAAGCGAAACAAAACAUCUCAAAAACUGUCCUUAGUUGAACCUCUCAAACCAGAAAUAACAGCUUAAUUGCUUAAUGGCUGUUACCGGGACAGGCAGCUGAAAUUGCAUGAUGCGUACUGAUGUGCAAAGCGCAAGUUGAGUUAUGACUGGACUCGAGUCCCUUAGACUAUGAGCUGUCGUGACAGGUUAAAGCAGCACUACAGGUGCAUCUCAAUAAAUUAGAAUGUCGUGGAAAAGU